UGCAGACCAAGGAACGCCAGAGAUUGCCAGCAAACCCGUAGAAGCUGGCAAGAGGCAGGAAGGACUCACCCAAUAGGGUUUCAAAGUCUGCUAGUCUAGCCCUUGAAUAAAAGGCCAGGUCGCCUGUGUCCUGCUUCUUCCCCUCCGGCCUGGGUCAUGCUCCAGCUCCUCGCCAGCCUGGCGCUCUUGGGGGCGCUGGCCUCCCCAGCAGGGACCUCCAAGAUGUGUCCAGUUUGCUCUUUGCAAGGAAACUGCACCGAGAUGACCUGUCCUCCCACUAAGGACGCCUGCGUGUUUGGCCAGAUGCAGCUGGAAAAUGGGUUUCUCCUCAAGAAUGGGUCGUGUGUAGCCCCUGGGGAAUUCCGAGAAGGUGUCUACACCCUGACCUAUGGCCCCCACUCGAGUCUCUGGGUCAGCACGGCCUGUUGUGUAAACAGCCGCAGCGGGGCCACCCGACAAGAGGCAGGGCCUGAAACCCAGCUCAACGGAGUGCAAUGUCCCUAUUGUUCUGGGAAUAAGUCAGCCUCGUGUGACUCCCUUUCGGUCAUGAACUGCACCGGGGACCAGACUAUGUGUCUCACCCUCAACGGGACAUGGAAUGGAGGGGGUCCCCAAAUCCUGAAGGGCUGUGCUACCCCAAAUGUCUGCCACCUGCAAGUGAACACCACCCUGGGCCCAGAAGCUUCUGGAUUUCGUCUCAUCAGCCAGCCUGAAUGCAACUAUGUGGUGACACCCACCCAGGCAGGUCCCACUGCAACCAGGACUCUGACCACAGAUGGGGUCACUGUCUGUUUCAGCUGCUCAGGACUCAAUGAUUGUGACGCCGUCCUCUGCCCGGCAGAUCGGAACUACUGCCUUCAGACAGCAGGCAUCAUAGCCUUAGGGGAAGGUGACUUUCGUGCCUGGAGAAGGGGUUUCUGCGUGGCCCCCUCGGACUGCACGUUCAGCAGCUCUGUCUCUGCCUUCACCUACAGCGCUGACUUUGGCUUCUGGAUCAACUCCACCUGUUGCCAAGGCAACUGCCAAGCACCUGCUCCUCCCGAAGUUCUGCAAAUCUCACACACCCUGAGCGGGUUCCUGUGUCCUACAUGUCCGAGCGGCCACCCGGGGCCCUGCAAUUCCUCCUUCUACAUGCAGUGUCCCAUCGGGGAGACUGAAUGUGUCCAGCUGGACCUGGUUCCUAUAGAAGGCAGCCAGAACGUGACCCUGCGCGGCUGCGGCUCACAAAACCUGUGCGGGGUCCCCGCCACCGCCACCGAGGGUCUGCUGAUGCUUCCAGGCCACCGGCUGGCCCGCCGGCCCCGCUGCAGCUCCCGGCCCCGCGCCGUCCUGGAAUCCCAGUGCCCCUCCAGUGCGCCACCCGGCCUCCGCGUCGCCCUGGCCGCGCUGCUGGUGGCCCCGGGCCUUCUGGCCCUCUCCUGAGCAGUGCCGCCUCCCCCGCCCUCGUUUGGGCCGCAGCCACUCAACCCCGGCUGGCUUCCCACCCCGCUAGUGGCACCCUAGCUCCCCUCCACUUCCACGUUUCUAGGCCUGGAAGCUUCUGGUGAGAAAAGUCAGAAACCAGGGGUGAGCCUCCUCCCUCAGACUAAGGGCUUCCCCAAGGCCAUCUCUCCUAACACCAGGGUCCUUCCUCGGACCCGGCUGUACUUCCUCAGACCUCAGACUAGAGAGGCUUCCGUGGACACACAUUCUUCAUAUGUGGGGGGAGGCAGGGGGCAAAGACUAAGCCUCUUUCCUCAAACUAGGGGCUCUCCAACACCAGGCCACUCCCUUAGACUAGGGCUGUGUCUGUUUUCCUGAACGUUGGGAAACAGCUCCUUCUGUCUUCCUCUUUAGGGUUUAGCAAAGUCCUGGGCAGCCACAGCAAGCUUAAGGACCAAACACACCCCCUUUCCCAGGCUUAAGCAGCCCAUUCUACCCCCCCCCCACCGGCCCUCUUCUGAGUUCAGCCUCCCCUCUGUAACCAAAUCUGAAUGAAUCGCAUCCCACAAUA